AUUCCGAUAAUGAAAUCCUUCUCUCUCCCUCUCUCUCUGUACAAUCUUUAGCCCUCUUGUGUAAUCUUUUCUUGACCUUUCACUACCACACAUGAAAGAAAACCCACCCAAUUGAACCUCGACAUCUUCUUCUACUCCCAAAAUGGGGUUUGCUUCUCUUGCUUUGUUUUUGCUCAAUCUUGAAACUACUCUCAAUUUGGCCUCAUGGGUUAAUUUGCUUUUGCUUUUAUUGAUAGUCUAAACUACCAGUCAGUCUCAAGUGAAACAUUCUUCUCUUGCUUGUGCCGCACAUUUUGGUUGGUCUCUUGUUCUUUCCCAUCUACCCAUUUGCAUUUUCUUACAUUUUCUCUCACUUUCUCCCUUAACAAACAGUAUUCCCUCUCUCUUUCUCUCUCUCUCUCUCUCUUACCCAACUUUAAAGUUCAAACCACAUUGCUGUUGAGGUUUGAUUUAUAGCUCAAGAGUCCAAGACAAAGUUCAAAGUUCAAACCUUUAGUCAUUGAGCAUAAAUUAAACAACUUUUCUCUACCCUUUUGACACUGUCUCUCCUGCCAACACAAAGUUCAAAUCUUUAGUGUUUUGGCUCACUUACUCUCUCAACAAACAUUAUGAAACCACAUUUUCUAUUUCAAUUUCAACUACAUGGGUUUUGAGGUUCGUUAAUAGCUCAAGAGUUCAAGACAACUGUUCAAAGUUGGAACCUUCAGUCUUUUGAAACAAAAAGUAUUCUUCUAUCUUGGGACAUUUUCUCUCACUUUCUCUCUGGCGAAACACAAAAGUUGAAGCCUUUUAGUCUUGUUCUUCUGGUUUCAAUAAUAAAGUUCAAACCUUUAGUGUUUAAACUAGCACACAGAAAUAAAAGCAUACCCACCAUGAUUCCCAGCACUAUCUUCUUCAUUAUUAUCACUCUCGUCUCCAGAACAACCACUGGCCACCGUGUCCACCGCCGUCAUCUCCUUCACCAGCCGUUCUUCCCUGUAACAAAUACUCUGUCGCCCACACAAUCACCCUCAAGUUCUCCACAAUCGCAAUUAAGCCCCCAUCAACAAACCCAACCCAAGUAUCCUUUUUCAACUACACCCCCAAAAUUUUCUCAAAGCCCAUUUUUCCCCUCCUUUCUUUCACCGCCUCCACUGCCACCCUCCUCCGUUCUCCCCACCUUUCCCGCUAACAUCUCCUCCCUUCUCUUCCCUCAACAUCGCUCCUCCUCUACCCACCGCCAUGUCAUCGUCCUCUCCGUCUCCGUCUCCCUUCUCUCCGUCGCUAUCCUCACCGCCAUUGCCGUCAUCUUCCUUUACUUCAAACACCGCCCCAACAAUGCGGGAAAGACCUCAACUUCAGACAACCAACGCCUUUUCCCGCCAAAUUUGGACCCAUCUGACGGUACACAGAAAACCACCGUGCAACACCAGAAACUCAGUGUCUCAAGUUCAAAUCCUCCCAGUACUUCUUCAGAGUUCCUUUAUCUUGGCACCCUGGUGAACUCUCGUUCACAAGAGCAUAAUCCUUCAACUGCUGCUGCAAAUUCAAGCCACGUGGCGUCCAAGAUUGGCAUCUCUUUAUCUUCUUUAUCGGUGUCUCCAUCUUCCUAUCAGAAACUUGGGUCGCCGGAGCUGAAGCCAUUGCCACCAUUGCUGAAACACAAUCCAAGUUUUACCAGCGGGGAGAUGUGUUUCAGUAAAGAAGAUGUGAAAUGUGAAGUUGAAGAAGGAAAUGAAGAAGAAGAAGAAGAGUUUUUUUCUCCAAGAGGGUCUUCUGGUCGUAGAGAGAGUCCAGGUUUAGCUCGAGUUGGCUCAAGUUCAAGAAGGGAAAGUAACAAUAAUAUUGGAAGUAGAAGCUUUAAUUCAAGAACGGCUUCGUAUCCUUAUUCAAAUUCUUGUUCACCUGAUUCUAUCAUCAGUUCUUGUCACUCCCCGGUAUUGAAAGCAUUAAAAUUAGCUGAGAAUGUUGAUAAGGUUUCAGUCUUUUCAUCGUCUUCAUUGUCAAGAAGUGAUUCGGGAGAUUUGCGGAAUUCGCCUGAUAGAGAAUCAAGCUCUUCAAGGAAGAGCAAACAAUCACCCUCUGAAAAUGAAGGUGAGUACAGGCCAUUUGUUCCAGUUAAGCUGCCACCACCGCCUCCACCAAUGCCUCCUCACCGGUUCUGGGAGGCACCGGUGAGUGCUAGGCUGGGUAGGCCGAGUUCAGCAUCCCCUGUUCACGUGCUGCCUGCAAGGCCGCUUGUGAUGCCAAGUUCUGGACCUGGUUUGGGUAAUGAGCAGUUGAUGAAGAAUGAGGGCGUGGACAAGGGUGAGGAGAAGGGUGAAGAAACGCCGAGGCCAAAGUUGAAGCCUUUGCAUUGGGAUAAAGUUAGAGCAAGCUCAGAUCGAGCUAUGGUGUGGGAUCAGUUGAAAUCAAGCUCAUUUCGAUUGAAUGAGGAAAUGAUGGAGACACUGUUUAUGGUGAAUAAUUCAUCUUUGAAUUCAAAAGAUAAUGAUAGGAAACAGGUUCAAUCAUCUCAAAAUCAGGAGAAUCGGGUGCUUGAUCUGAAGAAAUCUCAAAAUAUUGCAAUUUUGCUUAGGGCGCUCAAUGUUACCAUUGAUGAAGUAUGUGAAGCUCUUUUGGAAGGGAACUCGGAUACAAUGGGGACAGAGCUCCUGGAAAGUUUAUUAAAGAUGGCUCCAACCAAAGAAGAAGAGCAAAAGAUAAAAGAAUUCAAAGACGAAUCACCAUUUAAAUUGGGUCCUGCUGAAAAAUUUCUCAGGGCAGUGCUUGACAUACCUUUUGCAUUUAAGAGGAUAGAGGCAAUGCUUUAUAUUGCUAAUUUCGACUCUGAAGUUGAGUACCUUAAAAGUUCUUUUGAGACCUUAAAGGUAGCUAGUGAAGAGUUGAGGAAUAGCAGAAUGUUCCUGAAGCUUUUAGAAGCAGUGCUGAAAACCGGGAACCGAAUGAAUGUUGGCACUAACCGUGGGGAUGCACAAGCCUUCAAGCUUGACACACUGCUAAAGCUUGUUGAUGUAAAGGGCACCGAUAGGAAAACCACUCUCUUGCAUUUUGUUGUACAGGAAAUCAUCAGAGUUGAAGGUUCUCGUCUUUCUGGGGCUAAUCAGAACAAAAAAGCCGAGAAAACACAGCAGUCUAGUUUUCAGGAUGAUGUUGAAUUCAGGAAGCUUGGCCUGCAGGUUGUUUCGGGUCUGUGCGGGGAGCUCACCAAUGUGAAGAAGGCUGCGGCUAUGGAUUCUGAUGCGCUUAGCAAUGAAGUUGCAAAACUUGCUGCAGGAAUCAGAAAAAUUAUGGAAGUGGUGAAAUUAAAUGAAGAAAUUCCAUUUCAUGAUAGCAGUCGGAAAUUUUCAGAGUCAAUGGACGCCUUCUUGAAGAAGGCAGAACAAGAAAUUGUAAGCGUCCAAGCCCAAGAGAGUGUAGCUCUAUCUAUGGUAAAGGAAAUAACAGAGUAUUUCCAUGGGAACUCGGUGAAGGAAGAAGCUCAUCCAUUCCGGGUUUUCAUGGUUGUAAAGGAAUUCCUUUCUAUUCUUGAUCAGGUAUGCAAGGAAGUUGGCAAGGUCAAUGAGAGAACCAUAUACAGUUCUGUCCGACCUAUGCCAGCGAAUCCGCCAAUGCCACCGGCUUUCCCUAUAUUCAGUGAAAGGGAACACCAUGGUUCGUCAGACGAUGAAGGCUCAACCUCAUCUUAGUGUCCAAACAUCGCCGCAGGUGACUUUUUCUGCAUUUAUGUAAUCUCACCAGGGUGCUUAUCAAGAACUUGUGGUGAAUAGAGUGGCUUUUAGAUGGAGCUUGCCUCUUUUGUGUACUAUAUAUAUAUAUUCUCAUACAGAAUUUUGGAAUUUGUUUAGCUUGUCUAAUAUAGGAAGCCGGGAAUCAUGUAAGGAAGUGAAAUAAUAAGGUAAUGUUUGCUAGAAUACUGGGGAAUUGAUCUUGUAAAUUUGUCAGAAUGUAAGUCCAAGUUUGAUUGUUUCAA